AUGGGCCCUACACUCCCCACCCACGGCCAACUCAGCAUGUCCGAACGCCGGAACACCUUCCCCCUCAGCAACUCGUCCCGCCAGAAGCCACGGAAAUGGCCGCUCGCCUUCCGCUUCAUCAAAGGCGCCAUCCACCACGCCAUCAUCAUCCCCGUCUCCAUCCACACGCUCUUCACGCUCCUUAUCGUCUCCCUCGACGCCCACAGCGCCUACAACCUCGGCAUCCCCGCCUCCAUCGUGCCCUCCCUCUCCAUCGUCGUCGGCCUCAUGCUCGUCUUCCGCAAUAGCUCCUCUUACGACCGCUACUGGGGCGGCCGCACCGGGCUGCAAUCCAUCGUCAAUAGUGUGCGAAACCUCACGCGCUCCUUCCUCGUCUGUGGGCCCAACGACGACGACCAGGACCGCGCCGAGACAGAGAAGGUCGUAAAGACCCUCGUCGCGAUCAUGUAUGCCGUCAAGAACCACCUCCGCGGCAAUUGGGGCGCCAUGGAAUUUCAGCCCGAGUAUCGCAUGCUGGUGCCGGAGGGCCUGGAGGGCCAUGAGGGCGAGGGUGUGGGCAUGGCGCUGGAGUUGGGGUUUGUGGUCGAGAGGUAUAUCAAGAGGGGCGCGAGGAAGGGCGCGUUUAAUGCGCCGCAGUCGGCCAUGCUGAAUGGACAGUUGAAUGGCAUUAUGGAUGCGUAUGGGCAGAUGGAGACUAUCAAAUUGACACCAAUCCCCAUAUGUCAGCAGAUCCACCAGAAACAGGUGCUGGCACUCUACUGCUGCAUCCUCCCCUUCUGUCUGGUGGACGAGAUGGGCUGGUGGACGGUGCCCGUCAUAUCCUUGAUCUGCUUCACGCUCUACGGCAUUGAAGGUAUCGGAGAGGAGCUCGAAGACCCAUUCGGCUACGACAAGAACGACAUCAAGAUUGACGCCAUCAUCGAGGAUGCCAGGCAGGAGGUGUUGGUCCUGCUGGAUGGGUGGAGGAAGGGGAGUGAUGAGUAUUACCAGUAG